AUGUUGACCGUCGAAAAGCAAUGGAUUAACGUGCAACAAAAGACCUUUACAAAAUGGCUAAAUGACAAGCUCAAGGCCCGGGCCUUGGCCAUCGAGGACCUGGUCACCGAUCUCUCUGAUGGAGUUGUGCUCAUUCACCUCCUCGAGAUCCUGGGCAACGAGUCGCUCGGUCGAUACGCCUCGAAGCCCAAGCUGCGGGUCCAACGAUUCGAAAAUGUGAACAAGAGUCUCGAUUUCAUCAAGGGGAGGAAGAUUCAGAUGACCAAUAUCGGAGCAGAGGAUAUCGUCGAUGGCAACCGGAAGAUCAUCUUGGGUCUCAUCUGGACCCUGAUUCUGCGAUUCACCAUUAGCGACAUCAACGAGGCGGGUAUGUCGGCCAAGGAGGGAUUGCUGUUAUGGUGUCAACGCAAGACGGCCUGCUAUGAGGAUGUAGAAGUCCGCGACUUCUCAUCAAGCUGGAACAACGGACUCGCCUUUUGCGCUUUACUCGAUAUCCACCGCCCGGAUCUGAUCGACUACGACUCCUUGGAUAAGAGCGACCAUCGGGGGAACAUGAAGCUAGCAUUUGAUAUUGCUUCGAAUGAGAUUGGAAUCCCCGACUUGUUGGAUGUGGACGACGUCUGCGAUGUGCCUCGACCCGAUGAGCGCUCCCUGAUGACUUAUAUCGCGUACUGGUUCCACGCCUUCUCGCAAUUGGAAAGGGUUGAGAAUGCCGGUCGACGUGUCGAGAAGUUUGUUAAUAAUAUGCAUGGGGCGUGGGAUAUGCAAUCGGGUUACGAGCGCCGCAUGAGAGCACUCCUUGCGACGAUCCGCUCCCAGCGCGAUUCAUGGCAGAACUCUUCUUUUGAAGGGACGUACAAGGAUGUCAAGGAGCAGGCGCACCAAUUCUCUUUGUAUAAACGGAAUCAAAAGCGUGAAUGGGUUGCCGAGAAGUCAGACCUGGCUGCCCUACUUGGAAACAUUAAAACAAAGCUUGGCACAUAUCGACUACGUUCCUACGAUCCACCAAAGGAACUCAGCCUGGAGACUUGUGACUUGGAGUGGGAGUUGCUGACGCGAGAUGAGCACCAGCGUAGUCAACUGAUUAACGAGACGAUUCGUGACAUCAAGAACUCACUGCGUCGAUCAUUCGCUGAUAAAGCUAACGACUUUGCUUUAACGCUCAAGACCUUGUCACUAGCCAUCUCCGGCCUGGAUGGCGAUGUUGAAGAUCAAUUGGACCACGUUAAAAAACUCAACGACAACCUACCUCCUCUUGACGCUUUCCUAGAUACCAUUGCCGAACUUGACGAGCAAUGUGCCGAAGCCAAUAUUGAAGAAAACGACUUUACAACCUACACCCUUGACGAGCUCUCUUAUGAGCUGAGCCUGGUCAAAUCCAGCAUCUCCAAGAAGCUGGCCUUCUUGGAGAACCAGAUGGUGGCUCGCAAUAUGACCAACUUGACCCCUAUCCAACUGGAAGAAUUCGAAUCCGUCUUCCGCCACUUCGACCGCGAUGCCUCAAAUACCCUGCACGAAUUAGAGUUUUCAGCGGCGUUGGCUAGUUUGGGACUGGUGUAUGAUGAAGACGAAAUGCACCAGGUCUACGUGGAAGUCUGUGGACCCAACCGACUGGCCCAAAAUGCGGGUGUUAGCUUUGAGCAGUUCAUUCGCUUUAUGGUCAGUGUGACAGAGGAUCAGAACACUGCCGAACAAGUCUUCCAAAGUUUCAAGGAAGUUGCUGAUGGCAAGCCUUAUGUCACCGAGCUUGACCUCCGACACUCGCUCAUCCCAGAUGAAGUUAUCGAGCACCUUGUCAAGACCAUGCCCCAGCAUGAAGGUCCCGACAUGCUCGAAGACCGGGAUCUCGCCAAGUUCGACUAUAUCAGCUUCAUGGAGAAGAUGAUAGAGGAGAACAAAAGGAACGGAAAAGAGUGA